AUAAUACAAACGUAUAGUAAUUGAUGCAUUGUUUUCAUUAUAUUUAUUUUUGUUAAUUAUUAAAAAUAUAAUACAGUGAAUUAUUAAAUUCUAUAAAAAAAAUCAUUUACCGAAAGCUAAGCUCUUUAUGCGUAUUGUUUUCCUAAAUAGGGAAAUUUAACCUAACCUUUUCAUGUUUAGUUAACUGCUUAAGUAGCGUAUAUAUAUUACAAUCAAAAUAUAUUGGAGUGUAGUUUUAAAAAUGUUAGUAUUAUAGACAAUUUCAUUGUAUGCUAUUUUGAUAUGGAUGAUGAUUGUAAGGAUUACAAGAAACUUAAACCACAACAACAGCUAUACAAACCUGGUAGUGGACCUUUAAGGCGAUCUAGGUAUGGUCUGGACGCCAAAAUGGAAUCAUUUGACAUAGAGAACAGUACCAGAGGAAGGGAUAAAUCUCAUUAUGGCUCCCAACAGUCUAUAAAUGGGGAAGAUGUGCCUGCAAGCAAUCGUUAUAGAAAACCUGAGCAACAACUAUAUGUACCAAGAUCCGGAGACUCAAGUGCUGAUAUUGAUAAAAGAGGUAAAUCAUCUUUCAAGUGUGAUAAUUCUAGUCAAUAUGGGAGUAGACAAAAAUCAAACAAACAAGAAAAUCAUGGUUCAGGUAGUUCAGGAUCAUAUAAUAAGGAUUCAUCAAUAAGAGAUUCUCAACAUAGGGAUGGAAGUAAUGACAUAAAUUAUAAUAGACAUUAUAGACAGGGUUCAGAAGCUAGAUCAAUGUCACCCAUGCAAGGUGCACAUGACCAGAAAUCCUUAGAUAGAAAUAGAGACAGCAGAAGUAUGGAGACAUGGGCUGGGAGGCAUAAAUCAAGUUCAGGUGGCAAACCACCUUCUGGAAGAAGGAAUUCAGCAGGGUUUUGUUCUGAGCCUCGCCCAAAGCAUAUGAUAAAUUUAGACAAUUUACCACCUAGAUUUAGAAAAAAAUAUUUAGAGUCAACUGGACAUCAAAGUUUUGAUAGUGUAGACCAAUUGAAUAAAAACCAAUAUGGCAGCAGUGAUAUGUCUCAGUCCCAAUAUAUCCCUAAUCAGUUUUACAGUUCAAACACCACUAAUUGGUCUCAAACCCUUCCCUCUAGAGGCCGGGGUCGCUUAAGAGAUAAUGAAAGUUUUGAUAGGGAAAAAUUUAUAAACACAUACAUAAAAAAUUAUGAAGUACAAAAUUCAAGAAGGUCAACCCCGAGCAGUUCGUACAUUAAUUUGUAUGAAACUACCGUCAAUGAAAGCAAAAGCCUUUCAGAAAAAUUAGAUUCCUUAAACAUUGAAUAUGAAAGCCAAAAUAAUUUAAAUAAUGGCGCUACAAUAAGUGGGAUUAACACAAAUGAAGUCCAGUACAGCGACAAGGAAUCCGAGGAUAAAGUGGAAAGUACUGAUAACCAAAACGACAGUGAAUCACUAUCUCACUUAUCAACAAAUCUUUCCGACAUGACAAAUUUGGAUUGGACUGAGGAGGUUGAGAAAAAUAUAAAACUUGAUGAUGUAUGUAAUUCAUCAGCAUCGUUUUCACAAAGUGAAAGCUUCUCCCAGAAGAAACCAACCAAUAAACCAGAAGUAAAAGAAGCCGAACCGCGAGAAUCGAAACGGAGUGCCAGGUCGAGGCGCAGAGACAGAAGGAGCUCAAGCAGAGGACACAAAAACACCGAAAAGAAAGAACGGAAUAGAAAAGACAGCAAUGUAAGCAUAGCUUACGAACCUGAGAGAAGUCGAAAAGAUAGUAAUGUUAGUAUACAGUACGACGCUUCAUACGGUCCCAAACAGCGGGAGAGGGAACGAAGGGACAGUCACAGGAGCAAUCGAUCAUCGACCAUAGGAAAUAGUAGAGAUGACCUUGACAGGUGGAGGUCAUUGAGGUCCUACAGUCGGGAACACAGCUCUGAAAGGAGAAUAGUAUCACAGUGUAAUAGCAGAGAUACGUCUGCAAACAGAGCUACCAGCCCUAAAGACAAUGAAGGUUUCAGGGUUCCUACCAACACCGCUAAAACAUGGUCCACAGCAAACCAGAAGAGGAGCAAUGGUCCUGUGAACGGUCGUGCUGGGAGCUCUGAGCGUAAGUCACCAGAGCACGAGGGCGGCGGCCGGCGCUCUAAGAAAAGAUACGUGAGGAAACGGAGGAACGCAGAGAACACUCAGCCAGCAAACAACUCAUCAGCAAACAUCAACUGGAGGGACGAAAUCAUUGAGUCCAAGAAACAUGACAGAUCUGAAGGCACUCAUAACAGAAAUAGGCUGAACAGCGUUUUGUCUGAAAAGUCCGUCACAGAGACCGGUUCUCAGCCCGGAUUAAUUAUCUUGCCACAGAGUUCAAUGACACAUUUUCAGAAAGACCAAAAUAUUCGUGGAGCACCAAACGAAACCCAAAAAACAUUAUUUGAUCAUCACAAUCCGUCAAAACCUAUUAUCAUACAGACCACUCCGUCAAAACAUGACAUGAGAAUGGAAAGAGGUGUGAAGGAGUUUCCGCGGUACGGUUGUUCGGAGGGCGAGCGUGGUGCUCGUCACACAGCUUUACUACAGACAGUGGAUCGAGCGGACGCUAUACUCAAGACACACACCCUUCAGGGACCCCUGGCGUUGGCGGCCAACUGGUCAGACGUGUUGGAUACCAGGAAGUUUCUACAAGGAGCUCUUCAGAGACUGCUCAUGUCCGAUCUGAAAUUUUGUCAGGCUGAUAACAUAGAACAGCAGUUCUGGAAGAUUCUAUACUAUCAUUUUAUAGAGAAUCUAAGGAAAAGUAUUGCUACGGUAACGCCCGAAGAAAAACCUGAAGUUGUCAAAUUGAUAAAUACCAUUAUAGACGAAGGGAAUACCUUCUUUGAGAAUCUUGUACAGAUGUUAGAGAAAACUUAUAAAUUUAAUACCGAAGACUAUUUGAACGACAAUCACGUGUUGCCGCCCAAGGGUCUCGGCUAUGUGGGGCUGGCUUUGAUAUCGGUGCAGAAAUUGUACGUUUUUCUCGGAGACUUAGCCAGAUACAAGGAACAAGUUAACGAAACUAACAAUUACGCCAAAAGCAAAUUAUGGUACACGAAAGCACAGCAAAUAAAUCCAAAAAAUGGCAGACCAUACAAUCAGCUGGCAAUAUUAGCAAUAUACGCUAGAAGAAAAUUAGACGCAGUCUAUUAUUAUAUGAGAAGCUUAAUGUCCUCGAAUCCGUUCCAAUCAGCUCGUGAGAGUUUACUAUCCCUGUUCGACGAAAACAGAAAAAAGUAUGAGGCGGCGGAGCGGAAGCGCCGUGCUGCCGCGGAGUCCAAGGCUGGUGAUAGCGGUGACGGUGCCGCGGGGGGCUCCGGUGUGAGGGGAGGACUGCGAGGCGCCGCUGGUGGCUCCGGUGUGAGGGGAGGAUUGCGGCGCGAGGUGUGGGUCCGACCGAGCGGACACCGCACCACUACACUCAGCCACGCGAGGCGGGACUCCUUCAAUAGCAUCACGCCCGUCGAGUUAAACAAAACCUUCAUCACCAGCUACUUGCACGUUCACGGGAAGCUCAUUACUAAGAUCGGUAUGGAGACGUUCCACGUGUGCGCGUGUCAGAUGCUUCGUCAGUUCCGUUCCCUCCUCAACCGAGUGCCGCUGCCGACGCCAGCGCCUCGUCUGCUGCAGCUCACAGCACUCAACAUGUUCGCUGUGGAGACGACCGCACAGGCCAAAGGUAGUAACGGCGAGGAGCGCUCGGCUUGGUUAGAAUGCGCUUUAGGUGUAUCCUUGCUAAUGUUCGGUGCGCUGCUCGAGAGGUGCUGCGCGCUGCUACCCGAGCCGCAGCACACCCAGCAGCACGCCGAUGCAUUGCUUCUUCUGCCAGCCAUUAAGAUGUGGUCGGACUGGAUGUUAUGUCAUAGCAGUAUUUGGAAUCCGCCACCUAGUUUUGACAAUUUCGAAUUAGAAAGCGAAAACGAUCCUUGGGAUUGGCUUGCGAAGCUUAUGAACAUAUUGGAAGCCCUUGACGACAAAUCAUUAGAAUUUGAGAACGAACCGAAGGAAGGAUAUAUCCCCGUAAGGCUGCCGGAGGAUGCUUCCCUCGCUGGGUUCACGCCGCUCAUGUACAUGGAGCCGGCGCUGGCGCACGUGGCGCCGCACGCGCACGUCGCGCCUCACGCCGCUGAACACGCGCUGCGCAUGCGCAAGCUGCUGUUCUUCGGAACCGAAUACCUGGUGGGUGUCGAGCCUCCGGUGCUCAAGCUGGAGUACCCGGUCGGUGAACAGCCGCGGUAUGUGAGUGCUGUACAGCGAGCACAAGCAGACUACCCACCAUUACAACAUCUUUCUGAAGACUCGGAAGUCGACGAGAGUGUGAGUACGACCAGCGGUCCGACGAGUCUGAGCGAGGCUGUGGAGGCCCCGGACGACGACACCAGGGACCUGCUGAGACGGAGGGACCUUCUGGAGAACAGGAGGGCUACCAUAGAGAAACGACGACAACGGAUGCAGGAGAUGCUUAGCACCGGAUGGGUGAGCGUAGAGGUGGAAGUUCGUCCGCGUUGGUUGGUACCCGACACCAACUGCUUCAUCGACCACCUGCCGUUGUUACAAGCGGUGGCCAGCGCACCAUCACAGCCUUACAACCUCGCUGUGCCGCUCGUUGUUGUAACGGAGCUCGAGGGUUUGAAGAAGUGUUCUCGUUUGGGGGUUAAGGCGAGGGACGCCCUGGCCUGGGUGUGCGGUGGUGGUGCGGGGGGUGCGGGAGGAGGUACUGUUAGGUUGGCUACAGCCCGGGGCUCUCUGCUGACGUCACGGACUUUCACGGCCGAACAGGACGAGGGUAGAGCCACCAACGACGACCGCGUGCUGGCCACCGCUCUCAACCUGCAGGCGAAUCUCACAGCUGACGGAGCGGAGGUCCGGGCGGACGGCGGCUGUGUUCGCGUGGUGGUGUUGGUGACGGACGACCGCAACCUGCGCGUGAAGGCUUUGUCGGCAGACCUGCCAGCCAAGGACCUGCUGUCAUUCGCGCAGUGGGCGGGACUGCACGCUGAUACGAAACCCAAGUCGGACGCCCGCAGUGCCGAUGUUUAACGUUAGAGGCACUUAAAACACAUUCAGCUCAUAUUUAUGAAGUUAAUUAAUUGUACUCGAUGUGAUUUCGUAACGGGACGAGGCGGUCGUCGUUCCCAGAGCAUGCGCGUCCGAAUCAGCGGUCCGAACGGAGCUACGGAACCCUUAUGACGAGACGCGCAUGUAUUGUGAACGCGGGUGUAGUUUUAGCAUACAAUCAGUUUAGUUGCUAUGAUUUAUCCUCAGAGGCGUUAAUCGAAUGCGUUUAAUUCUAGGAUAGGAAUUGAAUAGAAUAAGUAAAAAUUAAUACACCAAUAGAGAGAUAUAAUGUUGAUUGAACAUUUUUUUUUUUAAGAGCUUUAGGAUUCCACCCUCGUGUUCCUGGGCGCCGUUCUUCAUUGUGAAUUAUAUUUUUCGGUAAUUUUUUUUUAAUUAUUUUCCUAAUUUCGAUUAUACUAUCAGGUAGGUGUCGCUGAGCUUUUUUUAUGUACUCUUUUUUUUUUGUUAUAUAUGUUAAGUGUACCUUAAUAUUUUAAAACUAGGUGAUAUUUUUAAACUAUGCAUUAUUCCUUUUUAUCGUAAAUUUUGUCUCCGAUUAAUAACUUAAUAGUAUUCUAUUGUGAUUGACGGAACUAAUAUUUCUCUCAGGCUUGUUUACGCUAGCUUUUUAACGUUUGAUAUUCUCAAACCAUGACGUGUGACUAUAUUUCGUCAGUGUAUGAAAUUCUCUGUCAUCAAAGCUCCCAGCAUCCGAAGAUUAUGAAAUUUUAAUUUUGUAUUAAGAGGACUGCGUUAUAGCAUUGUAUAAAUAGGACACUAAACAGAUAUUUCCAUCACGGUUUUAUAUCUCACUAUAAAUAUAUACGAGAAAUAUACUUUUGUUAAAUAUUUAAAGAAAAAUAUACAGACUUUUAAUAUCAAUAAUGAAAUUAUUUUUUUGUAACGUAUUCAUAUUAUAUGUAUAUAUAUAUAUUUAUAAAUAUAUAAAUAUACAUAUAUACAUAUUCUUCUAUUUCGUUUUUUAGUUGUAUAGAAGAUAUUUUGACGGUACAUUACAUAAUAAGAAAAUAUUUCACCUUAAUAUUAAAGAGUUAUAUAAAAUGAAUUGCAAAAUAAAAUAAUUACACCGAUAGAGAAUAUUGUAAUGAAUUUUUUUUUUCAUUUUUGAAAUAAAUUUGAUGCUGUUACUUUUUAUCUUAAUAAUGAUGUUAAUAAACACUGAUGACGUCUCA